AUUCUAAGACUCUCUGGAAGGUCCCUUUGAACUCUGGAAGUCCCAGAUUCCACCUGCUGCUCUGAGGGGCCCCUGGCUGCUGGCGACGCCCUGGGUGUGACGUCACAAGGGCUUUACGCCGUACCCAGUGCUGCUUCUUGUGAAACACCACGCAGGCAGGACAGCCCAGCACAAUCCAGUAUUUGCUCAGAAUCCAGGCACCGUAAAGUCAGCCAUUCAGAAAAAAAUCUUGUCUUUCAGAUCAUUCAACCUAGACUCCUGCCUCAUUUCACCCGUGACUCAGCUUAGACAACUGAUCAACUACAGAGCAGCCGCUGUCUUAAUGGAGAUUUAAAAAUGGACCUUCAGAAAUACUAGGUUUACAAUGAGAGGCAUCACAUUUCAAUGUUUAUUCUAUGGAUCCUUGAUAUUUGGGAUCUGGACAGCUCUGUUGUAUGUAUAUAUUCACCAUAAUCAUGUAAGCAACUUGGAGAAGAAAAACCAGGGGCCUGCAUUAAUUUGGUCCCUUGGAAAAAAAUUGCAACAGCAAAUUACCCGGGACCCCAAGCAAAUACCGAGACUGCAUGUAAGAUUUAAAAUGCCUGACAAAUAUGAAACUACAGAAUACAAAACCUUUUUAAGAUCAGGUAAGGACACUAACUAUUCAAAGCCAGAAUAUAUUGCUGGAUUUUUAAAAUAUGGAUUUAAUGCCAUUCUCAGUAAAAGCUUGGGCAGUGAGAGAGAUGUGCCAGAUACGAGGAAUAAAAUGUGUCUUCAAAAACAUUACCCAGUCAACCUACCUACUGCCAGUGUGGUUAUUUGCUUCUACAAUGAGGAAUUUAACGCCUUGUUUCGGACCAUGUCCAGUGUCAUAAACCUCACUCCGCAGUACCUCCUUGAAGAAAUCGUUUUGGUAGAUGACAUGAGCAACUUUGAUGAUUUGAAAGAGAAACUAGACCAUCACCUGGAAAUUUUUCGGGGAAAGAUUAAAUUCAUAAGAAACAAGCGGAGAGAGGGGCUGAUCCGAUCGAGGCUGAUGGGAGCUGCUCGUGCUUCAGGCACUUCAUUUAAUGGAAUUAUAUCCUAUAUGGUCUCUUGUGACUGGUUCCUUUCAUUUAGCGUGAUGUUUCCAUGUCAUAGCAUGGGGGAUGUGCUGGUGUUCCUGGAUAGCCACUGUGAGGUGAAUCAUGUGUGGCUGCAGCCCUUGCUGCAUGCCAUUGCCAAGGACCCCAGAAUGGUGGUGUGUCCUCUGAUAGAUCCCAUCGACCACGAAACCCUAGAGUACAGGCCCUCUCCGGCGGUAAGGGGUGCUUUCAACUGGCAUCUGGAAUUUAAAUGGGAUAACGUUUUCUCUUAUGAGAUGGAUGGACCAGAAGGAUCCACUAGACCCAUCCGGUCGCCUGCAAUGGCUGGAGGAAUUUUUGCUAUAAAUAGGCAUUAUUUUAACGAGAUUGGACAGUACGACAGAGACAUGAAACUCUCAGGAGCAGAAAAUUUGGAACUUUCAUUAAGGAUCUGGAUGUGUGGAGGCCAACUUUUCAUACUCCCCUGCUCGCGAGUGGGACUCAUCAAUAAGCCGCGCUUUCCCAAUCGACCUGGUUUUAUGAAAUCCAUGACCUAUAACAAUCUCAGAUUGGUGCACGUUUGGCUGGACCAAUACAAGGAGCAGUUUUUUUUACGACAACCUGGUCUGAAAUCUGUUGCCUACGGAAACAUCAGUGAGCGCGUUGAACUGAGGAAACGGUUGGGUUGCAAACCAUUUCAGUGGUAUUUGGAUAAUGUCUUCCCAGAACUGGAGACAUCUAAGGACAGCCAAAGAAAAGGAAACAAAUCAUUUUCAUUAAUGAAGGGCUAAAAACCUCUGAGAUCUUCAACACAGCAAAGAACACAGUUCCAGACCUGAUGAGAGUUUGGAACAACAUGAAAUUAUGUGACAUGCAGUAAGAAAUACAACCAAAGUGCCUUUCUGUCUUCCUUUAACGGUAGUUCUUAACAC